AUGUGUUCUGAUCAGAAAUGUCGCCAUCACUGUCCUCAUCUACCAACCAGGCUCUUUGACAGGAAUGAGAAGCCAUGUCUCCUUUCCGAGUAUAUGGAAAAAUACCCCCUUUAUUCCAACAUCCUACCUAGGGAAUCAUGCAAGCCCACCACGGAGUACCAGAAGCAGCCAGUGCCAAUGGAAGCCCUUUCAACAACCAAGAGAGAUUAUAUCCCACAUGAAGUCUUCCGUAUUAUACAGAAACCUCCUGAUAAAUAUGUCAAGAGCAAUGAAUGUAUGGACCUACAGACUACAUAUAGACAAGACUAUAACCCAUACUCCGUAUCUCGAGUGGGUCUUUGCAUGCCCCAGGAACAAAUGCAUUCUUCUUCAGAGAAGAUGAUCACAGUCCCGACAUAUAAAACUGAUUAUGUGGCAUGGAAUCAGCAAAGAGAGAUGAUUAAGCCACAAAACAAUUGUCCACCAGAAAACAAAUUUGAACACAGGACUACUAACCAGGAUGCUUACCCAUACAAAGGGCUGGUCACCACCAAGAACUUUAAGCCUGUAAGGCCUUUUCACACCUCAAGUCCCCUGGAGAGCAUGACCAAUUAUAAGUUGAAUUAUGUGCCUCACUGCAUCCCAGAACGCUUCGUCCAUAAACAAGAGCCAUUCAAGACCUGCACUGUUCCAUUUGAUGGGCUCACCACCCACAAUCUUUCUUAUAAAGGGUUAGCAGGAGAGCGCAAGUCCGCGAAACCAGAUUAUGUCAAGCCAGACGCAGGCACUUUAUGGGGCACUACUGAAUUCGAGGAGAAGUUCUUAGCAUGGCCUGUAGCUGCUCGCCUCACCAGGAAGCCAGUGGUUUACACUCCUCCUAAAGAGAGUAUGGACCUCAUGACGACAGCACAGACCCAUUAUGGAGAUCCUCAUGGGCGCCCGGCAACUUCCUGUAAACCCUGGCCCGGGUGCCGAAACACCAGAACCCUUUGGCAACUGCUCCCUAUGAAGCAAGACUUCCAGCAUUGGCACUCCGAAAGACCCAAGCCUAUCGCACAUUGCGAGAUCACCUUGCCCUCUGAGCCCAUGGACCUGAUGACCUCCUUCCAAACCCAUUACAUUCCUCACCCGCUCCCGUCCAUCAAGAGCUUCCGGCCCCGCUUGCCAGCGGCCAGGCCUCAUGUGCCAUUUGUUCAGGGACACCACCUAUGGCACAAGUUACACAGCAAAGGACGUGGUAUAUGCCCUGCCUCUUUCAAAGAGCCACCUGGUUACGUUUUCGAUAAGAUUCGAUGAAGACGGCCACAGGCGUGGUUCCGAGCGUCAACCGGGAUGCAAUCCCGAGUGCGUCGAACUCAAAGCUAGCUCUCUCUGGCAACCUGCUAAAUCAAGACAUAGAGGGAAAGCU